AUGACCAACGACCUUCAGCUGGAGCGCAAGACCAGCAUCACACACGACGAGAAUCCUCUGGACCACAAGGAGGCUCCCGAUGCCGAUACCAUCAGCCCCCCUGUCUCCGCAUUCCGGCAUCUCACGCAGGGGGAGGUGGUGCGCAUGUUCUGGAAGACAACACUCUUCUGUCAAAUGGCGCUCUUCAUCGCAUGCGCCGACGGCUUCCAGUAUAGUCUUCCGGGAAACCUUAUCGCACAGACGAGCUUCGUUGAACAGUUUGGCCGCUCGGUGGUGAAUGGCCAACCUGCGCUCAAUGCCAAGGACGUUUCGGCCUGGGGCGGCAUCUACUCUGGUGCAUACAUCGUUGCCCUCCUGCUGGGUGGUUGGCCCGUUGACUACUUUGGCCGCCGUGCGUCCAUGCUCACGCUUUCGGUGCUUAUGAUCGCCGCCUGUCUAACUGAGAUGUUUGCCCGUGAAUGGGUUGCAUGGGGAAUGUCCAAGCUAUUGAACGGCCUCGCGAUUGGCUUAGCGCAGCUUACGCUCUCGACAUACGUCUCGGAGCUCGCCCCCGUGCAGCUGCGCGGUUUCCUGCUGGUAUCGUACUCGUUCUGGUGGGGCUUUGGGCAGCUUAUCGCCGCUGUCGCCACCUUCAUUAUUCAACAACAGCCCAACAAGACGCGUCUCUACCUCGAUGUCAUCUACAGCGAGUGGAUCUUCAGCGGCCUUUCUCUUAUUAUCAUUGCCAUCAUCCCCGAAUCGCCAUGUUGGUACCUUGCCAAGGGAAAGCGCGACAAGGCUGUAAAGGUUCUGCAGCGUAUGAACGGCAAGAUUCCGGGCUACGACGCAGAGCACGAGACGACUGUGCUCGAGUACGAACUGGCCGGCCAGCGGGCCAUCCAGGAGGAGGCUCAGAAGGUGUCGUAUUUCGACCUCUUCCGUGGUGUCAACCUGCGCCGAACUCUCGUUUCAUUCUCCAUUAUGGGCUGGCAGCAGUGUGUCGGCAUUUCAAUUGUCUUCGGAUACAACUCGGUAUUCUUCAAGGCCGCUGGACUCAAGAACCCCUUCCUCGGCACCGUUUGCAUUUCGAUUAUCCUCCUCGUCACAGUGUUUUGCUCCGGUUGGGGUGUGGACCGCUUUGGUCGCCGUCCCCUCCUGCUUGUCGGUGGCAGCCUCAUUGUCAUCUUGCUUGUGGUCAUUGGCUCGCUGGCCUUCCUCAAAAUCACACCGGCCGUCGGUGGCGCCACGGUCGCCGUCAUGUGUCUUUGGGUGGUGGCGUACUCCUUCAGCGUAGGCCCAUGUGGAUACCUGCUUCUCGGCGAGAGCUCCGCUCCCGCGCUGCGCGCAAAGACGGCUGGUGUCGCUGCGGCUGGUAGCGGCAUGUUUGGCCUGGUUUUCAGCUACUGCACCCCUCUGAUGAUCCUUGACACCGGUGGCGGUGCCGGCUGGGGCAUUAAGACGGCCUACUUCUACGCAGGUACCGGCUUGAUUGGCCUUAUCCUCGUCUACUUUUUCGUCCCAGAGCACAAAGGCCGCACAUACGCCGAGCUUAAUGAGCUCUACGAGAACCGCGUGCCGGCCAGAAAGUUCCGCACGACCAAGACAAGUGUCGACGCCGUCGCUGCCGCUGCCGCCGGUGAGGCCUAA